AUGGUAUCUUCCAAGAUCCUAGGUGUACCCAACAACUCCGAGAAGGUAUCCAGUUUGGCGACCCUUCAAGGCCAGACCAACACUCCGCAGAAAGAUCGCAUCCUGGAGGACGCGGACGAGGUCGUGGACGCGGUCAAGGUGUCAAGACCGCUGCAACUCCCUGUCCCGCCUCCGGGGCCCGGACAAGAUCCUGCGAUGCCGACGGAGACUGAACAACAACUGGCGCUAGCCGAACCAGCGCGCCCGACAUCGACCCAUUCGACGCCAAGACGAGCUUCUCAAGUGAUGGUUCCCCGUUCUGUGCAGUCCAGCCCUGGACGGCCCCUAGACCGUGGUUCCGACGCUCAUGCAGCACGUCUGCCGACGGAGUUGGCGCUGAGCCCUGCGGCUGCAAGCGCUCUUGGAAAACGUGAUCAUGUGGCGCUGCGAGAGUGGCGCGAGACGAGGGUCCCGGAUUCCGGUGCACCACUACGUCUUGGGCCUGCUCCUGGCACUCGUGUCUUCGGACCUGAACUGCCAACCACGCUGCACUCAACGUUCCAAGAUCCGCUUCCGCUGAUUCCACGGGGCACGAGUGAAAUCCCAGGAUCCGACGUAAACUGUCUUGCUGACGACGAAGCCGAGCGAGAAGUCAUCUCUCCAGUCGACGUGGUCUACGACGAGGGAGAAGAAGAGUACGACAUGGAAGCUUGGGUCUUCGCCGCAUUCGAGACUGGGAAAUACUUGGGUCUUGUGAACGCUGGUCGGACUUCCGAGUCUUGGAUCAAGGCGUUGUCUGCCAAACGCAGACGGCAACCGCUGGUCUCGGAUAUGAAGGCCGUCACCGUAUCGCCCAAGUUGCUUCCGGCUGCUGCAUGCGUCGCUGUGCUCCAGACCAUGUUGAUGGAGGCCGGCUUCGAGUUUCGCAAUGUGAUUCCUACGUGGAGUGAAGUCCGUGCGGUGUCCGAGGUGUCUGAGAAUCUGAUCCGCCGAGGUGUUGAAGAAGUUCAACUCAGACUCGCAGUUGAGAGUCUUGAGUGGAACAAGCUGAUGGAUGGCGUAGGGUUUCACAUCCGACAGCCGCUGGAACCUCUCCCAGCUGUGCAACUAUCCGAGCGAAGUACAAGUUCCCCGACUGAUGCCGAUGGAGACGUCCUAAUGACGGACGACGCUGUGGAACUGCUUGGUGAAGAAUUGUUGCACCGCUUGAUGAUCACGCGGACCAGAAGAAGAAGUCCUGCUUCAAGCGCGUCUGGACAACCAGCGCCCAAGCGUGCGGCCUUAGAAGCUGAGCGAUCUCCGCCCAGUUCCCUGAUGCCUCCGAAAUCGUCGUCCCAGAGUCUGGUGCCCCAACCAUCGGUAUCCCAGAACGUCGAGCCUCGGACUCAGAGCCUAGUCCCUAGAGCUCCAAGUCUUGAGCUGAUGGCGAGUGUGGACUCAGUUCCUAGUCUGGUCGGGCCAAGUGGUGCUUCCGACGAGUCGAUGAACGCGGCCGCUGAAGGAACAGACCAUGCCUUGAGUCAUACGCCUGGACCAAGCCCGAUGGCGAUGGUAAUGAUUGCGCAGGAGAGCGCGGCUGCGGCAGCUGCCGACCCGGGUUUCGGUGUCUCGGCAGUCAUCAGAGAGCAGCGCAAGUCUCCAGCCAGAACACUCGACGCAACCUGCUCCCGGGUUGCAUCCAACGUGGUUGCCCCUCCAAGCUUCGUGUCUUCCACCACACCCGCAGCCGGCAUGAACCGUGGCGUCUCCACAUCAAGUGCUAUGCCACGGACUCAAGCCACUUCGACAAAGGUCGCGGACCCGGAGUCUAAGAAGAAACCACAGAAGUCCGUGCAUUCUGGGAAGUCAUCGCGAUCCCGGAAGUCCGCCGCGAAAUCUGCGUCGUCCAAGUCUUCGAUGUCAGGAAUCUCCUCUCAUGUGUCGUCCUCGAGGUCGUCACGUUCCGGCGCGUCCGAGGUCGCCCUGGUCAUGAUGAGGCAGCAGGAGGCCGCCCUCAACCAAGUACGCGCCGACAUGGCUGCCGAGUUGCGUGGCAUUCGCCUAGACAACCAGCAGCAGACCGCUUCCCUCAUGGAGCGUCUUCAACGGGGCGAAGAAGCCCUUGCCGCAGAACGUGAGUCCCGCGGUCGCGACGCCGAAGUUGCUGAAGCUUGGGUUGCUGCCGCGGUGAAGAUGGGGCGCGGCACACUUAUUCCCCCCGAAGCGCCAUUGCCGAGUGUGGCCCUGGACACCGCCACCGCUGCUGUGUUGGCGGCAGCCGAGGAAGUGAAGGCAGAGAGUGAGGGCAUCGCGCAGAGCGCGAAUGCCCAUUUGGCCGCGUUCGAGGACCAGUUGCGCAAUGUCACGUCCGCGUAUCUGCAGAAGUGCGCCCUGGCCCAGAAGGUUCAACGUGAGAAUGAUGCUCGCCUACGUCAACAAUCGACUAGUGUACCUGAAUCUAGUGGAAAAGCCACCACGACGAGUCGCACUUCCUGCGACAAAUUUGCGGGACGGUCGCCCACUUAUAUCGGCAACAGCAAGUGGCCGCGGAUUCGCUGGCAGCAGCGCAGCUUCAAGCGACCAUACAAGCUCCAAGUCAAGUUGUCAAACGCGAGAUGGGACCAGGCGAGACGAAGCCGACUGGGACACGUGAAGACACGUGUGACAGGCAGGACGGGGUCAAGUGAGACCAAGCGUGGAAGGCAGCCGAAGGCUGCGACACAGACUCGGUCCAGUGUCGCUGCAGUCAAGGAAGAAAACUCGGAAGAGACCAAGAGCUCAGCGAAAGGUGUCACUCGGGACUCUGCGAGUGGGAGUGGCCAUGUCCCCAGAUAUUCUGGGAAGUCGGCUAAUAAAAAGUCUUCCCAGAAACACAAGCGUGGAAAGAAGAUCCGUCGCGGUAAGCGACCAGGUGGCGAUCCCUCAUCGUCAGAUUCAAGUUCAAGCGGUAGCUUGUCUAGCAGCGAGUCCAGCUCGGGCUCCGACUCCGACUGGGAGCGCGGCCUUGCUGAGGAACUCGCCCCUGCAACAGUACCAGCCGGUAACGGCCAAUCGUACACGUUCCGCCCGUAUAUCCAGUAUGGGGCGGUGGAGAUGUUUGAUCCCCACGCCAAGUUCGAAGACCGCAUGAACUGGUGGGAGCGGUUUAUCUACGCUGCUGCGUUGGGAGUCUGGCCGGAGAAGAUGAAGUUGCGUCAGCUCCUGGGUCGACUACCUGCCCCGCUACGUGCAUGGUUCCGCCAACUACCCGAGAAGGACCAGAAGGACUGGUCGCGCUUGUCGAAGCUGUUUCGCAAGGAGUACUGCCGCACCGAGGCGUCCCCGAACGACCGCUAUUAUGAGUUGGGACCGGAGAAUGGCGAGUCUGCGCGAUCGUUCCUGUAUCGACUCAACGCUGCAGCCAAGAAGGCCGACGUCGAGUACGAAGACUCUCCGAGUGACCGGGAACUCCACAUCCGUCGCUUCAUCAAGAAGCUGGCGGAUCGUCGUCUGAAGAUCACACUUCAGGGACAAACGUUCAAGUCGAUGAAGGAGCUCGAGAAAACUCUCAAGCGUAUCGAAGCGGUGCAGCGUGAUGAUGGAUAUGAGACGCCUCCACCUCCAAAGACCCGCGAUGCGAAGCCUAGUGGUGUGAGGUUUAAUCGAUUCCCUCCUCCGCGUCGAACUCAAGGUGAACGUGCGUACUUGGUCGAGAACCUGGACUCGGAGUCAGAAGACAAGGCUUCCCCGCCCUCGGGCUCCGAAGAGAAACCAGAACCACGUUAUCUCCCGGGAACUCCGCCCCCGUCCAGUCCAUGGGGCGUACGGUGA